AUGCCCGCCGCCUCUCGUAUCGCCGCGCCCAUCUUCAGGUUCGGAGAGAUAGUCUUCGGCGCUGUUGUUGCAGGCAUUAUCGGCUCAUACCUGCACUCCAUCAGCCGCAGUGCCAUCCGCGGAUUCCCCGAGGGCCGCUGGAUCUAUACCGAGGUCAUCGCCGGUGUUUCCAUCCUGCUAGGCCUGCUCUGGUUUAUCCCAACUUCCUUUUCCUUCAUGGCAUGGCCUAUGGACUUUAUCCUCUCGAUGGCCUGGUUUGUCUCGUUCGGCUUGCAGGUCAACUCACUCGGUUCUCGGAACUGCGGUAGUGCCUUCAAUUGGACGGGUUUCACCAGCAAUAACCCAUGCGGCCGAUGGAGGGCUGCUGAGGCAUUCAGCUUCCUCUCUGCUUGCUUCUGGCUAGUCACUUUUCUCAUUGGCGUCUGGUUCACUUUCCGCAAGCGAAAUGAUGCCGUUGCCGGCGAUGGAGCUAAUGGUAAUCGUAAGUGGUACCGUCGCCAUGCUGUCUAA